GUGUGGAACUUGUACGAAAAAAUUGAUAAAGAUGUGAUAGAAGAAAAUUUUCGUUUUGAAAACUAUGAAAAAGUUUGCAAACAAAUUGUAAGCAAUUAUGAUAAUCUAAAUGAGAGUCACAAAAAGUUUUGUAUGAAACUUGUGAGAAAUUUAGGGUGUUAUAAUUAUAGAAAUGAUGGUUACAAUCUUAAUAAGGAGGAUUGUGUUAUUUUAUACUACUGGAUAUAUAAUUUAGUAAAACAGCAUGAUAUUAAAGAUAGUCUUAUUACUCCAAUUUUUUAUGAUAAUUAUAGUAAAUUGUGUACGUACAAAAGAAAAGUUAAUUGUUUUUAUUAUGAUUAUUACGAUCAUUUUGAAGAACCAGUGAACAUGAUAUUCUUGGAUAUUUUCCAACAUAAUAUACAUAUUAUAAAAAAAGCGUUGGAAAAUCCAAAAGAUCAAAUUAAUGAUAAUUUGCAAAAGUAUAUUUGUAAAUGCAUUCAUAUAUAUAAUGAAAUGCAUGAUAAAUAUUGCCUUAGUAAUUAUGAUAAUGAUCAAAAGAGAAAAACACAUGUAGCAUGUUAA